UUAAUGUCCCGAUUGCAUUUUUAAAGCAACGAGAAUCACCUGACCAGAUUAAAUCUCAACUUGGAGAGUUAUUGAAAGAAAGAGAGAGAGGGGGAAGCCUUUUUCUUUCUUUUCUUUCCUUGAUGAUUGAUCCAGGCUAAUUUGUAAAUGUUGUGUCCUUAAUCAAAAAUUUACAUCUAGUUUUGCAUAUAGUCUAAUAUUACGCUUUAUAUCACUUACACAAAGAAAAAGAAAACCUCAUCUCACCUCCCCCUUCUACUUUUUUUAUAUAUUUUCAAUUUUAAUUCUUCUCCUUUUGCUCUAACCAAUGUAUACUCGGGCACAUUCCCCCUUUAAUACAACGGCCAAUAGGCCCUUAAUCAACCCUCCUACUUUUAUUGAACACAAUGGACUCCGUUUCUUGAUCGUUGAUGCACCUUCUGCAAAUAACUUACCACUUUAUCUAAAGGAAUUCAAACGAUGGAACGUGACAGAUGUCGUACGAUGCUGUGAAGCAACAUAUCCAAAGGAGCCAUUGAGCGAGAUUGGUAUCCAAGUUCACGAUUUUGUCUUUGUGGAUGGUGAACCACCACCUGCAGGUAUUGUUGAUGCGUGGCUUCAUUUAAUUGACGAUAGAUUCUUGAAUGCUGAACAAAAGCAGGACGACAAGGAAGAAUUAUCACCUUGCAUUGCUAUCCAUUGUGUAGCCGGUUUGGGAAGGGCACCUGUACUUGUGGCCAUCGCUUUGAUCGAGGAUGGUAUGCCACCACUGGAUGCGGUUGUGUAUAUACGAGAACGUCGUAGAGGAGCCAUCAAUAAGAAGCAGCUCAGAUACAUUGAGACAUAUAAACCAAGGUCAAAGGGCAGCAAAUGUAUUAUAUCAUAAUUAGAUUCCCCAGUUCAGUAAUAGAAAUAAAGUGCACUGCAUAAACCACUUUAAACCCAACAAGCGGGUGUUCUUUCAAAAAAGGAAAUACUUAUCGGAUGUCAUUCAGGGUUGUCAUGCUUUGAGACAAAUUUGAAAGAUAUUGUAUUGAUUACGAAAAUAUACAUACUUUCUUAUUACUGUCCCCUUUAUUUUAAGGCUUUUUAUACGGGAUAAUAUAAUACUC